AUGACCUUUCAUCCAAUCAUCCCCAUCCAGCACACCAUCCACAAAGAUGAGAAAACUUCACGACCACCACCUCGCCCAUCUGAGAUCCGAGCCUUGCCGACUCCCACCACCACCGUAAAGCAACAACGACUCGCUAGACGUCUGACUCAACCAGCCGAAGCGAAGCGCACCAACAAGCGAGCACGCUACGAAGACGACGAAGAUUUUGAAGCAGAUGACGACGAAGCUCAUGAUAGUGAAAUAAUUCACGCCGCACACGAACCCACCGAUACCAAAUCCGAGCUAACCCCCAACCUCUCAAACUAUCGUGAAUUGGGCAAUGAAUGGGGAUUAGCGCGUGCUGAAAAGUACCUCGGCAACCUCAAACUCCCCAAAAACAACCGGUUGUCAGGCAACGGCCUGUUCGAGGCACAAUCCCUUCAAGCAGCAUACAAGACACACAAAACAAUGCUCUGCAUUGCCUUGAAGGUCAGCAGAAGAGUGCUCGAUGAAGCUCUAUUAGAAGGACCGUUAGCGCGCGAACCAAACAUGUAUAACAACUAUCAAACUUACAGUAAAGUAGCCACUUCAACUAAAAUGCCACCCAAGGGUGUUUCCCAGGGCUUUCGUGAACGCAAUGAGAUCGUAGGUUCAACGUGGUCAACAUAUGUCGAUGAAGAGCAGGAAGUCUUCACUCCCCGGCUCUUUGAGCGCCUCUGCGUAGCGACCAGUGAGGCCUAUGCACUUACCAAAACACCGCUUGGGAUCCCUUCAUCUGUUGCUGUUCAAGAAGCACCUACCAAUGCCUGCACUUCUGGUCUUGAACCGCUUACCCCGGAAGAACUGGAAACAUAUGUACCUGUUUUCGAACGCUUAGUUGAUAAGCAGAAAGUAUCACGAGACCUCCACCAGGGACAACUCUGGAGACACAGUAGCAAAACAACCAACCGGACAACCGAGCACCUAAUGAAGCUUGAAAUCAGUAGGGUGGUACGUCAGCUAAACGUACUAAUGCAUCAUUUCAACUUACAAUUUCACUUGAUUAUUGCGUGCUGGAACCCGGCUACCUCCACCGCGCGUGCGCUCUUCCAGGAGGAACAUACCUCAUGUGAGCGAUGGGUUGCCCUACAGCAGAAAAAACACCUUCUGGAGUACUUCACCUUUGAAUCUACCAAGGCCCCUCGACAUCUCCGCGCGCAGCCUAAAGAACCCAAGCCGCAAACAGAAUCUGCCGCCCGACAAACCGCAAAGCGAUCCGAGCUAGCAAAGUCCCUCAACGAUCUGAUCGUUCCAUACCUUCGAGGGGGGCCUCAGGGCAGAGGUGAUGCCCACCCCAAGUGUUUGAACUUGGGUGAAGCAUUUAAAAAGAAGACUUACCGAGGAGAUGUGGCUCUCACAUUCAACCGUACCUCCAACAGCCAGGUAACAGACGAGAUGAUAUCCAAGGGGCCCAGCUCUCUCACCAACGAUGAAAUUUCAGUAAGUAAGAAGCAGCUAAUCUCACUUGCUCUUGCUAGCCGUUUGACGUGA